AUGAGGCUACUUAUUGUAGUUGCGCUUUUCACUUUAUCUUUUCCAUCAAGUAAUGCCGAUAAAAUUCUUGACAUCAUUACUUCUAGAUUUGAUUCGAAGGUGAACAGUUGUAAUAAUUUUGCCGAUCGCACCUGCAUAAAUCGGGGAAUGUCCAAAAUCACUCUACCACGCGUAGCACACCAAGCGACCCAGGAGGUUAUCUAUAAGGAUACAUGGAAUAUCUACGUUUGCUACCACAUAGGACUCUUCAAAUACUUGCAUCCCGUCCCAGUAUAUUUAGGACUUGCUGAUGAAGCCAGAAGUAUAAACCAUGGUUUGUCGCUUGGUCUCAAUUUCUAUUGGGUUGCAAAUAAUACCGAGAGUUGGCCAACCACUAUUGGAUUUGUCGGCUCCAUUGUUGGAUAUCUGCUUGCCCAAUCAAUUGAAGGAGAAUACUCCUACAAUUCCAACGGAAAGACACACAUUUUUUCCAAAGAAGAAAAAGAAUGUGUAAUGAAUCAACUCACCUCCACGUGCACAACAGUUAAUAAAUGUUUGCAUAGAGAUGUUUUCUUUCAUACUGCAAUGGUAGAUAUGCUCGGAGUUCGCCUUGCUUAUGAAGUUUUGAAAGACACUGAACCUGAUCUCAAGGCAAAACAUAAUGGGACCGAUCUAACCGUCGAACAAGUGUUUUUCCAUGCAUAUGCUAGUCAUUAUUGUGAACAUUAUUCCCACUCGGACGAAAGUGGUAUACCAGAUUUCUCGGCAACUGUGAAUAUGCUCAUCAACAUGCCAGAAUUUGCCGAAGCUUUCCAGUGUGAAGAGAAUAGCGAAUUGAUGAAAUCAAGAACUAAACAAUGUUACUUAAUUGGAAAGGAUGCUGCAAAAACUAAAUGA